GUAACCAACUAUUGAAAUAAUUUAGAUCCAAUUCCCAAGAACAAUUCUAGAUACUUGAUAAUCCCAGACCUGGUGUAGCAUAAAUUGCCAAGCAGGUUGCUAAAUUACUCUCCUCUUCUUCCAGUGUGAAAUAUUUGGAUAGUGGAGUCAAACAAAGAUUACACAGAUGACUGUGGAGGAAGCGGGCUGUAGCUCCUUGUGGACUCGAGAGCAGGAUAAGGCAUUUGAGAAUGCCCUCGCAAUUUAUCCUGAGGAUUCUUCAGAUCGGUGGGAGAAAAUUGCAGCUGAUGUACAAGGGAAAACCCUAGAGGAGAUUAAACAUCAUUAUGACCUCUUACUUGAGGAUAUAUCCCAGAUCGAAGCUGGUGUUGUGCCUCUGCCUUGCUACAAUUCUUCUUCAGAGGGUUCAACUAGCCACGCCAGUGAUGAAGGAACCAAUAAGAAAGGGGGACAUUCUGGAAACUAUAGCAAUGAAUCUAAUCAUGGAAGUAAGGCUUCAAGGGCAGAUCAGGAACGCCGAAAGGGAAUUGCUUGGACAGAGGAUGAACACAGGCUAUUUCUUCUUGGUUUGGAAAAAUAUGGGAAAGGCGAUUGGCGAAGUAUAUCCCGGAACUUUGUGGUAACAAGAACCCCUACGCAAGUGGCAAGCCAUGCACAAAAGUACUUCAUACGCUUGAAUUCAAUGAACAAGGACAGGAGGCGAUCAAGCAUUCAUGACAUAACCAGUGUCAACAAUGGAGAAAUUUCGGCAGCUCAAGGGCCAAUCACUGGUCAAGCAAAUGGUGCUGCAGUAGGUUCCUCUGGUAAGUCCACCAAACAAUCUCCUGCUGGGGCCCCAGGUGUUGGAAUGUACGGCAGUGCACUAAGUAUAGGGCAACCAAUUGGAGGACCCCUUGUCUCAGCUGUUGGCACCCCUGUGAAUCUCCCUGCUCCCCCGCACUUGGCAUAUGGUGUGAGCGCCCCAGUACCUGGAGUUGUUCCUGGUGCACCAAUGAACAUGGUUCCAAUGACAUAUCCAAUGCCUCACAGUUCGCAUAGGUAGUGUGAUAUCGAGCAGCAGCAGCUUCAGGAAUCAGAAUCAUGUGGUGUACAAAGAGGAGAGAGACCGUUUAGAUUGUGUUGUUGGUUGGGUUAAAUUAGGAUGAUAUAGCUGCGAGGCUGAAUGUUUUAGUUAUUAGCAAAGCACAAGUUGAAGUGGUCGUUGAAUGGUUCGUCCUUACUUGUCCAUACUUGUUGGAAUAAGCCAUUUAUUUGAUGGGGGAAGAAUGAGAUGAAUCUCUGUACAGGCAAAUUCUGAAAGAGAUGUAGCAAAGCAAUGCUCUUUUAUUUAUCGGCAAUUGGGCAGCUACAAGUGUAGUAGUCAGUCGGUCAGUCGGUCAUAAACAUUUGAUGAUGGAAAUAGUUAGUUAGCAUUCUAGGCAGCAACCCUUUUUACAUGUUAGCAUUGUCUUUGUUAUAAAAACUUGUUUAUUUAA